AUGGCGGACGCUUUCGGUGACGACCUGUUCAGUGUGUUUGAUGAGGAGAGUCCGGCGGCCAGUAAGACUGCGCAGCCCGUCCCGGCCACCUCCACUGCGGGGGCCAGAGGGAAGAGAAAUGCGAAGCCUCAAGCAGCAGUUGCAAGACCGCCUUCGGUGACAAAGCGAGAUGUCGGCUCUCUGGAUGGACCGGAGGAAUGUAUAUUGGGGAAGAAGCUGAAGCUUGAUACAACAGCUGCGGAUGAGUUGAAUCUUGCAGAUCUAAUGCCGAGGAUAAAAGUGCAGGAAGUAGAUACAGUUGAAGGUUGCACACAUGAGGUGGCACUGCCUGCUGAUGAAGAGUACAUGCCUCUUAAACCGCGGGUUGGGAAAGCUUCAAAGGAAUAUCCGUUCAUACUGGAUGCAUUUCAGAGGGAGGCCAUUCUGUGUAUUGAUAACAACCAGUCCGUUCUCGUGUCUGCUCAUACAUCAGCUGGAAAAACAGUGUGUGCAGAGUAUGCUAUAGCUUUAGCUCUAAGAGAAAAGCAGAGAGUCAUUUUUACCAGUCCCAUCAAAGCUCUAAGUAACCAGAAAUACAGAGAGAUGUACGAAGAAUUCAAUGAUGUUGGAUUAAUGACUGGAGAUGUAACAAUCAACCCCACCGCUUCUUGCCUUGUGAUGACAACUGAGAUCCUGCGAAGCAUGUUGUAUAGAGGCUCAGAAGUCAUGAGAGAGGUUGCCUGGGUCAUAUUUGAUGAAAUUCACUACAUGAGAGAUUCAGAAAGAGGAGUAGUGUGGGAAGAAACGAUCAUCCUUCUACCAGACAAUGUGCAUUAUGUCUUUCUGUCUGCCACCAUACCCAAUGCCCGCCAGUUUGCUGAAUGGAUCUGCCACCUGCACAAACAGCCUUGUCACGUCAUCUACACAGACUAUCGUCCGACCCCCUUACAGCAUUAUAUAUUUCCAGCAGGGGGCGAUGGCCUUCACCUCGUUGUGGAUGAAAAUAGUGACUUUCGGGAAGAUAACUUCAACACAGCAAUGCAGGUGCUGAGGGAUGUCGGGGAGGCAUCUAAGGGAGAUCAGAAAGGGCGCAAAGGAGGUACAAAAGGACCCUCUAAUGUAUUCAAGAUUGUCAAAAUGAUCAUGGAGCGCAACUUCCAGCCGGUUAUUAUCUUCAGCUUUAGUAAGAAGGAUUGUGAGGCCUACGCGCUGCAAAUGUCCAAGCUGGAUUUCAACUCUGAUGAGGAGAAGAAGAUGGUGGAGGAAGUGUUUAAUAAUGCCAUAGACUGUCUCUCGGAUGAAGACAAGAAGCUUCCACAGGUGGAACAUGUCCUUCCUCUUUUGAAGCGAGGUAUUGGGAUCCAUCACGGAGGAUUGCUGCCCAUAUUGAAAGAGACAAUAGAAAUCCUUUUCUCUGAAGGUCUGAUAAAGGCUUUGUUUGCAACAGAAACCUUUGCCAUGGGUAUAAACAUGCCAGCCAGGACUGUGUUAUUCACCAGUGCACGGAAGUUUGAUGGGAAAGAUUUCCGAUGGAUCUCAUCGGGCGAGUACAUUCAGAUGUCUGGCCGAGCAGGAAGACGUGGCAUGGAUGAAAGGGGAAUUGUAAUUCUUAUGGUUGAUGAGAAAAUGAGCCCAACGGUUGGCAAACAGCUACUAAAGGGCACAGCUGAUCCUCUAAACAGUGCUUUCCAUCUUACCUACAACAUGGUGCUGAACCUCCUGCGAGUGGAAGAAAUUAACCCUGAGUACAUGUUGGAGAAAUCCUUUUACCAGUUUCAGCAUUACCGGGCUAUUCCAGGAGUAGCUGAGAAGGUGAAGAGGUUAGAGGAGCAGUAUAACGGUAUACAGAUCCCCAAUGAAGAGAGUGUUGUGACGUAUUACAAAAUUCGUCAGCAGCUCGCCAAGCUUGGCAAAGAAAUUGAAGAAUACAUUCACAAACCCAAGUACUGCCUGCCUUUUCUGCAGCCAGGCAGACUGGUUAAGGUGAAGAGAGAAGAGGAAGACUUUGGAUGGGGAGUGGUGGUAAAUUUUUCUAGGAAAUCAAAUGUAAAGCCAAACACUGGAGACCUGGAUCCUAUCUAUGUGGUGGAAGUUUUGCUAAACUGCAGUAAAGAAAGUCUUAAAAAUGCUGCGACGGAGGCCGCAAAGCCAGCAAUGCCGGAUGAAAAAGGAGAGAUGCAGGUAGUUCCAGUCCUUCUGCAUUUGCUGACAGCAAUCAGUAGUGUUCGCCUAUAUAUUCCAAAGGAUCUUCGGCCUCUGGAUAACAGACAGAGUGUGCUUAAGUCUAUCCAGGAGGUUCAGAAGCGCUUCCCUGAUGGAGUACCUUUGCUGGAUCCUAUUGAUGAUAUGGGUAUUAAAGAUCCUGGGUUGAAAAAGGUGGUUCAGAAAACAGAAGCAUUUGAGCACCGAAUGUAUUCACACCCUCUGAAUAAUGACCCUAAUCUGGAGACUGCAUACAAACUAUGUGAGAAGAAAGCACAGAUUGCAGUAGAUAUCAGAGGCGCGAAGCGGGAGUUAAAGAAGGCUCGCACCGUGUUACAGAUGGAUGAGCUGAAAUGUCGUAAGCGAGUGCUCAGGCGUAUGGGUUUUGCCAACUCCUCUGAUGUCAUAGAAAUGAAAGGGCGAGUUGCAUGUGAGAUCAGCAGUGCUGAUGAGCUCCUCCUCACCGAGAUGAUGUUUAAUGGCCUCUUUAAUGACUUGACGGCGGAACAAGCUACUGCAUUGCUCAGCUGCUUUGUGUUCCAGGAAAAUUCCAGCGAAAUGCCCAAACUAACAGAACAACUGGCAGGACCACUUCGGCAAAUGCAGGAAACGGCCCGGAGGAUUGCCAAAGUGUCGGCCGAAGCUAAACUAGAAGUGGAUGAAGAAACAUAUUUAGGGUCAUUCCGCCCCAACCUCAUGGAUGUCAUCUACACUUGGGCCAAUGGCGCAACAUUUGCCCAGAUCUGUAAAAUGACGGAUGUGUUUGAAGGUAGUAUUAUCCGUUGCAUGAGGCGUCUUGAAGAAUUGUUGCGGCAGAUGUGUCAGGCAGCCAAAGCCAUCGGAAACACAGAACUGGAGAACAAGUUUGCAGAAGGUAUUACGAAAAUCAAGAGGGAUAUUGUAUUUGCUGCCAGCUUGUAUUUGUAGUGAAGAUGGAUUUGGAAUCAAAAUUGAUCCAACAAAACUUUUAACAUAUU